UCUUUCUCCUAGAUUUGUUUUGUUAUUUAAGAAAACUAAACUUGUGAGGAGAGACACUUGCUUUUAGAUAAUCAAUAACAACUUGAGAAGAGAAAAACCCUGAAGCUCUGUAACUUCUUCCACUCCGUUAGUUGAUUUGGAUUUUGAUUAUAAGAAACCAUGUCUAAGAAAGCUCAGCCUAAGAACGCCCCGAUGGAUUUGUUUGAUAGUGAUGAUGAUACGUGUAGUUUAAGCUCCUUCUACACCAUGCGGUCUGAGAUACCUCGCAUGGAUGAAGUUCAUGUUCAGAAAGAUGUUAUGUUGGAUCAGUCCCUUGAUGCUCUCUAUGAGAAAAGGAGUUCUACGAGAGAGCAAGCUUUGGCUUCCAUUGUUGACGCAUUCAAAAGUGACUUGCAGCAUGAGUUUGUGGAAAAGAACUUUGCCACCUUGUUGGAUCGGUGUUUACACUGCAUCAAGAAAAGGUCCACUAAAGAGUCCUCACUAGCAUCACAUGUUAUUGGGUUGCUAGCUUUAACUGUUGGACUUGGGGAUCAAGCACAAGAGAUUCUAGAAGAAUCCGUCACUCCUCUUUCUCAAGCCCUUAAAUCUAGUCGUGAAGCCUUGAUAAUAACUUCGAUUCUCGAGUGUUUAGCAGUCAUAACCUUUGUUGGUGGAGCCAAUGCAGAGCAAACCGAGAGAUCUAUGCAAAUAAUAUGGCAAAUGAUUGACCCUAAACUGGUUUCUAAUGUUGUUGCAACCAAACCUUCACCUGCUGUAAUAACAACUGUUGUCUCUUCCUGGACGUUUCUGCUCACAACAGUUGAUAGAUGGACUCUAGGUCCCAAAAUUUUGCAAGAGACCGUGACUUAUCUCUCCACACUUUUGGAAAAGGAUGACCGAUCAGUACGUAUAGCUGCUGGUGAAGCUCUUGCUCUUAUGUUUGAGUUGGGAAUUCUAGAGAAGUUUGAUGCGGAAGCCAAAGGGUCUGAUAAUGGAUCAGUGAAAGAAGAAAGUGAGGCAUUGAUAAACAUGCAUAGAUUGAUAUCUAAAGUCACUGAUCAAGUUAGAGACCUCGCUGUAGAGGCAGGUGGUAAAGGUUGUGCUAAGAAAGAUCUCAACACGCAACGAAGUUUGUUCAAAGAUCUGGUUCAAUUUCUUGAGGGUGGAGUGGCACCUGAAACCUCUACAAGAGUUGGAGGAGCCUCUAUAGAGACGUCAACGUGGUGCCAGAUGAUACAGUUAAAUUUUUUGAAGCAUUUCCUUGGGGGUGGCUUUAUCAAGCAUAUGCAGGAGAAUGAGUUCCUACACGAUGUGUUUAGUUUCACUCCAAAGAAGAUUGGUGGACAUUCUACUAUGACUAAUGAAGAAAAGAGGUUGUUUCAGUCGCCAAACUCAGCUGUCAGCAAAGCAAGGACGAAACUCAUGAACAAGGAGAGGAUGAUAUCUCUAACAAGGAAGUUUUAUUCAAUUAGUAGUUGA